AUGGACAUGAAGAUCGCAACGCUACUCGUCCUCUUCUUCGUCAGCCUGGCUCACGCCAACAUUUGGGAGAUCAGACUGAGCGGAACGACCAGCUGUGCUGGCUUUGGCACCGCGGCGGUCGGCAACAUCAUGGUCCUUGCGGACAUCAGCAGUGAGAAAAGUGCAGUCACCGGUCGCUACACGGUCACGCCUCAAGGCGACUGGGAUGUCCUCACCAGCCAUACCGAAUACGGUGAUGUUUACUGGGCCACUAUCAGCAUUACGGCUCGCGCUCUUGGCGCCUACUGGGGCCCUAACAAUGACCGUCGAGGAUGUCUCGCUCAAUGUGUGCCGGUCAUCUCGGUUCAAUACAAGAUCGAUCCAUCCGCUCCCGACGGCGAUCUCGACUAUACUGCUACUGCUGAAGCAGUCUGCGCGACCAGCCCCUCUUGCAAGUCGCCGGGAGGCAAAUGUACCAAUCUCGGCCUCUCCGUUGAGGUGGACAAACGACCCUGA